AUGGACGAAACGACUCCGUUGAUUUCUUCGAACCCUGCUGAGGAUGCUUCUACAUCACAAGUUUUCAAAUCAACCAGGACAAUUAAAUCAUCAAAGAGUUUUAGUUGGUCAAGAGGUAUAGCUCCAAGAACCAAAAAGUUUCUCCGUUUCUUACUAGUCCCAAUCUUACUCCUCGUUUUCAUCAUUUACAAAUUCUAUAACCUUGAACUUCGCCUCACUUCAUCUAGCAACCAUUCCUUGCUUGGCCCCUCACUCACCUUGAGAUUAUAUACCAAUAAUAUUCGUUUUGAUAACUUUAGACAUCCCGACCCCCACGAAAAGCCAUGGCUGAAACGUCGUGUUGAGAGUAUUGAUUCGAUGCACUUUAACACCGGGUUGGGACAUGCCAAUGUUAUAUGCUUACAAGAAGUGUUACACAACCAAUUGCUUGAUAUUAUCAACGGCUUGAAUGACCGUACAGGAGUGAGAACAGAAUCAGUAUUUGAAUCAGAUUAUAAAAGGGAAAGCCACGAGUUGGUGGAGAUGGAAGAGGAGGGUAAUGUAAAGGACAAGGUAAAAGAAAAGGAAAAGGGGGAGUGGACAUAUUAUGGAGUUGGCCGUACUGAUGGAGUUGCAGCUGGCGAAUUUGCUCCGAUAAUCUUUAAAUCGCGAGACUUUAUCAUCUUGGAAAACACGACUUUUUGGUUGAGUGAAACACCACAUGUGCCUAGUAAAGGAUGGGAUGCGGCGUUGGAGAGGAUUGUUACAUUGGUGACAUUCCAAAGCAAGAUAAACCCCUUGAUCAAAUUCAAUGUGUUUAAUACCCAUUAUGACCAUCGUGGGCACGAGGCGAGACGCAAGUCUUCGCAGUUGAUUGUUGAUAAGAUGAAGAACUACAAUGCGUAUCCUUCCUUUUUAUGCGGUGACUUUAACACUGAGCCUAGAGACGAGCCAUACCAUAUAUUGACCAAUGCUGGCUUUAAAGAUAGUAGAGUAACUAUUGAUAGGCAAUUUGCCUAUGGCCACGAGACAACAUUCACUGCUUUUGAUAAAAACAAUGAACCAUACUCGAUCAUUGACUACAUCUGGUCUCCAUACUUUACAAAGCUGGUUGUGAGCAAUGCUAAGGAGCAAGAGUAUAGUGAUUUGAAUCCUGGACUGAACAAUAAUAGCGAUAAAGAUGAAUUUUUUGGUAACAACUUUUUCAAUUUGGAUCACCACCAAUACUAUAGUAUUGUUAUCAAGCAGUUUGGAAUCUUGGGCAAUUUCUUUAAAGGAUUCUAUUUCUCUGACCAUCGUCCUGUUGUUGCCACUUAUGAGUUAACGAGAACUAGGCUCUUUUGA